CUACCCGCCACAGGCCAAGGGCGACCUCACCGGCGUCUCCAUCUGCCGCAAGUGCAUCGCCCCCAAGCCGGCGCGCACCCACCACUGCAGCAUCUGCAACCGGUGCGUGCUCAAGAUGGACCACCACUGCCCCUGGCUGAACAACUGCGUGGGGCACUACAACCACCGCUACUUCUUCUCCUUCUGCCUCUUCAUGACCAUGGGCUGCAUCUAUUGCAGCAUCAGCGGCUGGGACAUGUUCCGUGAGGCCUACGCGGCCAUCGAGAGAAUGAAACAGCUCGAGAAGGAGCGCCUGCAGGCAGCCGCCAACCAGACCUACUACCAGACACCACCCCCGGCCUUCUCCUUCCGCCAGCGCGCCUUCCACAAGAGCAUCGUCUACCUGUGGGUGCUGUGCAGCUCUGUGGCCCUGGCCCUGGGGGCGCUGACACUGUGGCACGCGGCCCUUAUCACCCGCGGGGAGACCAGCAUCGAGAGACACAUCAACAAGAAGGAGCGGCAGCGGCUGCAGAAGAAGGGCAAAGCGUUCCGGAACCCAUACAGCUUUGGCGCCUGGGACAACUGGCGGGUCUUCCUUGGAGUGGACGUGCCCAGGCACUGGCUCACCCGCGUCCUGCUGCCAUCCACGCACCUGCCCUACAGCACUGGCCUGAGCUGGGACACACCCCCGUGCGUGACGCAGCGGCACACACCCCUGCUGGCCAUCUGACCACCAGUGCAGACCCUCCCCAGCCUCGGUGCCCGGAGCCCUGAGGUCCAAACGCGGAUGUCUGUUCUGCCCCCUCCUGCCCCUCAUGAGCUGCAGGCAGCCCCUGGCAGGGUGCACGGGGCUGCACAGGCCACGGCCCCACCCAGCACCUCUGCUGGAGAGGGGGCCUUGCCUGGCCGCCCCCCUGGGUUUUUUGUGUCAAAUAAAACCAGUUUUUAACCAAUGCGGCCGCCUCCUCGCU